CGUACGAAUACGUUUCCUGAGCUACUGACCACAUAGAGAACUACACAGAGAUUUCCUCUUCAGGCUCUUAAAGCAUUCGAUUUGUGGCUUUUUCUAAGGUUUCAACCUAAUGUCGGGAGAAUACGAUGGGAGGCGGAUGCGGAGGCGACGGUAGUGAUGGUGGCGGGGCCGUCACCGCUGUUACCAUUAACGUAAGUUGUACUGACGGCACGAAGUUCACCGUUCAGGUGAGCCUCGACUCGUCUGUUCAAUCCUUCAAGUCUCUGCUUGCAAAAACAUGUGACAUCCCUGCGGAAGAGCAGCGUUUGAUUUAUAAAGGCGGCAUUCUCAAAGACGAUCAGACUCUAAAGAGCUAUGGUUUGGAGGCAGAGCACACUGUUCAUUUGGUUCGUCGUGUUCUACCUGAUGCAUCCGAUAACACAGCUGAAGAGGGAACAAGGGGUGGAUCUGGUGGUUUACCAGCUUAUGCAAUUGAUUUGAGUGGAUUUCCAGAGUUUGAACAAAUGCAGCAUGAGUUUAUUCAGAACCCAGACAUGAUUGUGGAAACUAUUCAUCAGCCUUUUGCUCAGAUCAUGAUGAGUUAUCCAGAUGUUAUGCGCAACAUUUUGUUGAGCGACCCUAUAUCGCGUCAAGUUAUUGAUAGGGAUCCAGACCUUGCUAGCAUACUCUAUGAUCCUUCCAUCUUCAGUCAGAUGACAGAGAUUCUAAGACACACAAGCGUUGAAUUCAUACGUAAUCUUAUACGCAUUGCAGAAGGAGCUGGUGGUGGCGACGGCGGUAGUAGUGAUGGUGGAGACGGCGGUAGUAGUGGUGGUGCUACUCAAACGCAUCCUGCUGUGAUUGUUUCACAUAAUGUGCAGGAUAUGAAUCAGAUGUCUGGCGUAAAUGCAAAUGCAAAUCCAAUCGCAGAGAUGCGCAAUCCCCAAAUGAAUUCAGAAGAGAACAUUGAGCAAUCUCUUUUCUCCCAACUUGGUCAGCAACAAAGCACAAGGAUGGGUGUGAGUCAAACAAGUGGAGGAACAGUGGGCCCAGGUGAAGUUGCCGACGGAUACUGAAGCCCUGGCACUGGCAGCCACCGAAGGUAACAUUCCUGAUGCUGUUGACCGCCUACUUGGUGGUCAAUAGAAGCUUCCAGACCACACGUG